AUGACCAUUAGCAAGACAAGCUCCCUUCAAGGGGAGAAAAGAGAGGUUCAACAGCUGGAUGAAGAGAUUCAAAUUAUGAAAGAGAAGCUGGCUAAAAUGAAAGUAUUGAAUGGGCUCGAAUUGGAACUGGCCACACUAGCACUGCUGCGUAAUCAGUACCGUUCUGUUCGCAUCAAGACAGAAAAUAAAAUGAAGGAACUUUCUAGUGGAAAUCAAAAGGUCAAGAGAAAGGAUACAGAGAGCAGCGACGAUUGCGAAGAUGACGUUGAUAGCAUGGAAUUUAAUCAUGAUAUCAAGUAA